CAGCACCCUAGGAGCGAGAGCUGUCACAAAGUUGCUGCGCCCUCUUUCCCCUCACGCUAUCGCACUUUUAACGUCUUUUCUACCAUACCUACCUGCGGCCUGAUUGACCAGAUCUGCAUCCAAUUCCCUUGUCGGCCUUUCUAGCCAGUUGCAUUCCCACCUUUCUACUACCGCGCCCAAACUCUUAGCAGCGCGCCUCUGACACGCUCAUAUACCUACUAGCUGCUCCCGUGCUCGUGGGAUCUUUGAUAUCUGCGUCCAUCGCAAAGCAAUGAAAAACAUAAAGCGCGACUUCCACCGCCUCGGUCGCCACGGCAGCACUCGUUCUUUCAGUGAACCCCAGUCCGGCAUGCCGCAACCUCAGAAUGGCUCGACGGAGCACACACCACUGAUUGGCACCACCCGCCCUAAUGAGUCUGCCAUCAUCAGGUUGCCCAAGCACGUCCUGCACCUGGUGUACAAGACACUGGUCAGCAACUAUGUCAACGUCUUUCUCGUCUUCGUGCCCAUUGGCAUCAUCGCCGGCGCCAUGAACUGGAAUCCCACCGCCGUUUUCAUCCUCAACUUCAUCGCCAUCAUCCCGCUUGCUGCGCUACUCUCCUUUGCGACAGAGGAGCUCUCUGCGAAGCUUGGACAGACGCUCGGUGGCCUCAUGAACGCGACCUUCGGCAACGCUGUCGAGCUGAUCGUUAGUAUCGUUGCGCUCAAGCAGGGCGAGAUUCGCAUCGUCCAGGCUAGCAUGCUGGGUAGCAUUCUCUCCAACAUCCUGCUUGUGCUCGGUUGUUGUUUCCUUGCUGGCGGUAUUCGCGAACAAGAGCGCAGCUUCAACGAGACUGUUGCGUCGACCAUGUCCUCGCUCAUGGCCGUCGCAUCUGCCUCGCUAAUCAUUCCUGCUACUCUCUACGCUACCAUCUCCGGUGACAAGCAGAACGGCGGCACCCACGAGGCUGAGAAGAACGUCCUGCUCUUAUCUCACGGCACUUCGAUCAUCCUCCUCAUUCUGUACAUUCUGUACCUCUACUUCCAGCUUUAUUCCCACCACGCGCUGUUCGCCGACGUCGAGAACCAGGAGGGUGGAGAUGAGGAAAACGAGGACGGCCAGAUUUUGUCUCCUGUCGCCGCCGGUGUCGCGCUCGUCCUCGUCACCGUCCUUGUCGCCGUCUGCGCCGAAUAUCUCGUCGAUAGUAUCGAUUCGAUUGUCGAGUCUGCGCACAUUAGCAAGACGUUCGUCGGUCUGAUCCUGAUACCAAUUGUUGGAAACGCUGCCGAGCACGUCACUGCUGUGAUCGUUGCAUACAAGGGCAAGAUGGAUCUGGCCAUCAAUGUCGCCAUUGGCAGCUCUAUGCAGAUCGCGCUUUUUGUUACCCCCUUCCUUGUGAUCCUUGGCUGGAUUAUGGGCCAGCCCAUGACCCUGCACUUCCAGGGAUUCGAGACCAUCAUCUUCUUCAUCUCCGUGCUGAUCGUCAACUACCUCAUUCAGGAUGGAAAGAGCAACUACCUCGAGGGCGCUAUGUGCCUAGGAACCUACGCCAUCAUUGCGCUUGCGUUCUACAUCUACCCUGACAACGUCCAAGGUGACCCGACCGGCAAUGGUGUCGUCCAGAGAUUCUUCGCCACCAACUAAGAGCUGGCAGUCAAGCCACAACUCUCUAUCCCCAAGCUUCAGCCCUUCGAGAUGGAAACGCUGAAUCCGGAAUACGAGCGCACGCAGUGCGGUGCGAUCGGGUUCCUUUUUGUACAUGCGCUUAAAUUCCAGUCCUCGGCAAAAUAAAGAACCUUGUUUCCUUUUGUAUUCUUUCCUGCUUUUCCUUUGUACUGGCGGCCUACUUCCUUGAGCAUCUCGGCCGAGAAACGAGAACAACCUACAAGCACUGGCACACUGCGGGCGUCGAGAAAAGGCGGAACUAUAUCGCACGAAAGGGUGGUGAUGAGCGAAGAUCUAGGUGUAUGAUAAGUCGACGAUAGCAACAUAAUAUACCGGAGAGAACAUGGAAUUGCUGCAGAAAUCUAGGAUGAAUGCAAAGUGACUGUG